GCCCCAGGAGCCGCUCCGACGCUCGCCCGCGCCUGGCGACCAUGGCGCUGCGCUGGGGCAUCGUGUCCGCCGGCCUCAUCGCCGCCGACUUCGCCACCGUGCUGCAGGCGCUGCCCCGCUCCGAGCACCAGGUGGUGGCCGUGGCAGCCCGAGACCUGAGCCGAGCGAAGGAGUUUGCUCAGGCCCAUGACAUCCCGAAAGCCUAUGGUUCCUAUGAAGAGCUAGCCCGGGACCCCGACGUCGAGGUGGCCUACGUGGGCACCCAGCACCCCCAGCACAAGCCUGUGGUGCUGCUGCUCCUGGCGGCGGGCAAGGCUGUGCUGUGCGAGAAGCCCCUGGGCGUGAACGCUGCGGAGGUCCGAGAGAUGGUGGCCGAGGCCCGGUCCCGAGGCCUCUUCCUCAUGGAGGCCAUCUGGACUCGAUUCUUUCCUGCCGUUGAGGCCCUGAGGUCCGUGUUGGCCCAAGGAGAUCUGGGGGAUCUUCGGGUGGCCCGGGCCGAGUUUGGGCUAAACAUCACCCAUGUGCCACGGGCCAUAGACUGGGCGCAGGCUGGAGGCGCUCUGCUGGACGUGGGCAUCUACUGCGUCCAGUUCCUCUCCAUGGUCUUCCAGGGGCAGAAGCCAGAGAAGAUCCUAGCAGUGGGGAGGCGCUAUGAGACAGGUGUGGACGACACGGUAACAGUAAUUCUCGAGUACCCAGGAGGGGUCCACGGCAGCUUCACUUGCAGCAUCAGCUCCCAACUCUCCAACACGCUCACGGUGAAUGGCACCAAAGGCAAGGCCCAGCUCCUGGAACCCUGCUGGUGCCCAACAGAGCUGGUGGUGAACCAGGAACGGAAAGAGUUCCCGUUGCCCCAGGCACAGAACAAGAAAUUCAAUUUUCCAAAUGGGGCAGGCUUGACAUAUGAGGCCAAGCACGUCCGGGAGUGCCUACGCAAAGGUUUGAAGGAAAGUCCUGUAGUUCCUCUGGCGGAGAGUCAGCUCCUGGCUGACAUCCUGGAGGAGGUGAGGAAGGCCGUGGGCGUGACCUACCCCCAGGACAAACGCUGAUGUAUGCCCUGAAUAAACAGACUUGGCUUUCCCAGAGA